UCGGGGGGGAAGUUUACAGUGCGCUGACAGACUUUUGAGUGAGUUCAGUGUGGUGCGCUCCUCGGUGCGUCACAAACUCAGACCGUCAGCAGUGGAACAGCGCAUCUAUCCAAAGGCUGUCAUACAUGCACAUACAGCAGAGUGUCCACUUUCCUUCCGAAUACAACAUCCUUCUUUACUCGCUUUACUUCGCUUCUUGCUUCGGCUAAGACUCGGGAGUGAAAUGGAUGUCAUACCGAUGUGCAGCAUCUUCCAGGAGCUCCAGAUUGUGCACGACACCGGAUACUUUUCCGCUUUACCUUCUCUGGAAGAAUACUGGCAGCAGACAUGCCUUGAGCUGGAGAGGUACCUCCAGAGCGAGCCCUACGUCUCAGCCACUGACCUCAAGUUUGAUAACCAGGAGGACCUGUGGAGCAAGUUGAUGCUCGCCUGCGGGGACAAGUCAAAUGAGUCAGACCCAAAGAUUGCCCACAUCAAGGAGGAGAUGGACAAUCAGGACAUGCAGCCCCUUGAUGUCGGUGGUUUCAACUCCGAUGCCAGCAGCGAAGCCUCGGACAGCUCUGAGGAGCUCUCCCCAACCAUUGACUUCUCCUCUGCCUCUCUGACCGACAUGUUGGGUGACAGUGGAGAAGACUUGGGCUCUGGCAUUAUCAGCACACCACCUUCCUCUCCUGAGCUCGUCAAAGAGGGCUCCGUGGCCCAGGUGUGGAGUUCAAUACAAACUGUGCAAAACACACCUGGAAAAAUAAGAACUGAGGUCACAGAAAGGUCAGGGGUGGCCAGUGGUGAGGCGUCACCCGAUGGGAGGAGGCGAGUGCACAGGUGCCAUUUCAACGGAUGCAGAAAGGUGUAUACCAAGAGCUCACACCUCAAAGCACACCAGCGCACACACACAGGUGAGAAGCCUUACAGGUGUUCGUGGGAGGGUUGUGAUUGGCGCUUUGCACGAAGUGAUGAACUUACCCGACACUUCAGGAAGCACACUGGAGCAAAGCCAUUUAAAUGCAAUCACUGCGACAGGUGUUUUUCCCGUUCGGACCACCUGGCGUUGCACAUGAAGAGGCACAUCUAAGAUGGCCUACAUGUUGAGUGCUCUGAGGGAUGAGUCUGGUUUAUUGUCCCGACCAAUUGGGGAUCAGCAAGGCCAGUGUGUCCUGGGAGCAUUAACAGGGGCACCGCUGUGUUCCAGUCAGUGGAGAGACAUGAAGCAACACAGGCUAUUAUUUGCACCAUACUUUGUGCCUCCAACACCUCGCUGUGGUGAUUGCUCUUGAAAGGCUUUUACGGCAAAGCAGGGGGUGAAAGAGAAGAUGGGAAAGAUCUUGGCUGGAGUUGAUGGGAAGAUGGUGUUAAAGGCUUUUUUCAGUUUUUUUUUUUUUUUCCUGGAAGAUUAUGGGACUCCAGGAGUGGGGGUACAAUUCCUCCAAUGACCGUGUGCUUGCCUGUAUGCAUGGGAGUCUGAGUGCCUGUGACUGGAUGCCUGUGCUGGCUUUACAGAGCAGGUGGAGCUUGCAACUGAAUUACAUUGAAAGGGUGAUGGUAUAUAAUGGCAGUUUUCUUUAAAGGGGAGGGAAGGGAGGAAAGGGGGAGAGAGGAUGACUCGAUGUCUCUGUAAGAAUGAAUGCAAGUAAAGAAGUCUGUCUCCAUUGGUCUUAUCGCUAUGGCAGGGAGUAAGGGGUUGGUUGCUGGAGCCGAUUCUUUUUAUUUUCUUUGUCCAAAGGAUGACCCCUUUCUGCCUGGAGGCGGAAUUACAGCUCCCUGUCCAAACUUGGGAGGGUGUUUUGUUUAGUGCAGCUAUUAAAUGUGCAAUGUAGUACGUGGCCUGUCUCACAACAUACACGUUAUAAAGCUCAUUUUGUUGUCCAUUGUGUAAGCCUUGUAUCCAAAAAGACAAAAACAAACAAAAAAAACUAUAGUACACUAACAGUUAUGGCCAUUAUAACAGCCAAUGCAUGGGAUCUGAGGAUGUCUUGCUCACUUGUGUGCGUAAAGGACGACAAAAUUCCAGUUAAGUGCAGCUACUCAUGUUACUCAGUAUCAAAAAAAAUAUUAAAAACAUAAGGCAGUCAUUUUUGUCAUUUUAAAUUAGGAAUACCACUAUUGCUUAGCAACUAUAUUGGUUGAGGUAUAUUUUUUCCCUGUUUUCUUAAACUUCGUUUUCUAUUCAGUUCUGUCUGUAAAUGCACUGUUGACCUUACUGAUGCCUUAUGUAAGUGGCCUUGUCCUGUAAGAAAGAUCACUCCCUCACAAAACGACCAUUGCUAAUGCAAUAGCGCGUUUACUGAAAAGCUUUAUAAAGGCUCUUAUCUAUAAUUUUGCACCUGUUUUUGUUUUUUCUUAUCAGAUUUUUCCAAACUCAGAACAAGUAUAAAAAGUACUAUCUACCGUAUAUCAGCUUAGAAAUAACUGCCGUUGUUCCAUAUGUCGUUUCUUUUUCUUGGUUAUAAUAGAACAAAUUAUAUUCUAAGUGAUUUUAAUGUUAGACGGAAACCGCAAGGACAUUGGGG